AUUUAUCAAUUUCGUUUUAUGUCAAAAGAACAGACAAAGAGUGAGUUAAAAUUGUAUUUUUACAUAUUUUGUAAUAUUUUUGUGCAAAAUGGCAUCGAGAAAAAAGGUUUUAUUGAAAGUCAUCAUCCUCGGCGACAGUGGCGUUGGUAAAACUUCGCUCAUGAAUCAGUUUGUCAACAAGAAAUUUUCCAAUCAGUACAAGGCAACAAUAGGCGCAGAUUUUCUCACAAAAGAGGUAAUCGUCGAUGAUAGGAUUGUAACAAUGCAAAUUUGGGAUACUGCUGGACAGGAGCGUUUCCAGUCGUUGGGGAUGGCCUUCUUUCGGGGAGCGGAUUGUUGCGUUUUAGUGUUUGACGUAACGGCCCCCAAUACCUUCAAGUCCUUGGAAAGUUGGCGUGAUGAAUUCUUGAUACAAGCCUCACCUCGUGAUCCGGAUAACUUCCCGUUCGUCAUUUUAGGCAAUAAGGUUGAUUUAGAAAAUCGCGGAGUUUCAGCUAAACGUGCGCAGCAGUGGUGUCAGAGCAAAAAUGAUCUACCUUACUUCGAAACCAGUGCCAAAGAAGCUGUGAAUGUGGAACUAGCCUUCCAGACUAUUGCUCGUAAUGCCUUGGCUCAAGAAACAGAAGCUGAACUGUAUAAUGAGUUCCCCGAUCAGAUUAAGCUCAACGCUAAUGACAAUGCUCGCAACCGAGAUGGAGACAACUGUGCCUGCUAGACUUCCAACUGAAUAACUCAUUUAUCGGCAAUAUACUAGUGUCACAUUUUUUUUUUUAAAUUACUUUCAUAGAUUGUAAUAUUAUUGUAUAAGUAAUGUUUUCUUUGAUGACAUAACUAUCAAUAUAUGAAAUUGUCAAAGUGUAUUUAAGUCACAUGAUUUUUUUGCGGUUUCUUUGUUAUGCACAUAUCAAUUGUGUAAUGCACAUAGCUAAAUUACUUGAGCUUUUUCCUAGUGUAGAGGCACUAUCUCAAAGUACAAGUCUACUUUAUGUUUCAUAAUUAAUUAGGCCAAAUCUCGUAAUAUUAUCAUCAUGUUUUAAUUAUGUUUUGUAAUUCAUUUGUAAGCUAAAUGCAUGAAGAUAUCAAUGGCUCCUGUGUGUAAACAACAAUUUACAAAUUUGCAUCUUGUAAUAUAUUUUGAACAGGAAAAUGUAUAUGAAAUUACUUUUUUAAUCAUCAAUGUUGCCGUUAGAUUUCUAUUGUCUAUUAAUGCAUCAUAAUGAAGUUUUAAGUUCAAUCUUGUAAAAUUUGUCUUUUAAAAUGAUAAUUUACAUUUUUAUAAUUUACAUAAUUUACAUAGGAGCCAUCCAAAUAUUGGUUUUGUUGCCCAGUUGUAUGAACAGUAGAUUGUAAUCAUAUUAACAUUCAGUCUGUUCUAUAAAACAUGACAUUAAACAAUGAUAAAAGUUGUAGAGCUAGAUGAGUCAUAACAUUUAUUUCAUGUUAGAAAUGACUAAGCAACUCAGUCUACCUAGUGCAGGGGUAGUGAACCAAUGGAACAUAUAUUUUAGGAAUUCUGGUUAUAAAAUGAAAAAAAUAUAUGUCAUAUAAAUGAACAUGUAGUACUGCUUACUAGUACUACUAUGCCUUAUGCAGAGUAACUUCAAUAUAUAACAACAUUAAAAGUUUUAUUAUAAAAAUAACUUGAUAAAAAGGUUCAUUACCCCUGCCCUGGUGCAUUAUUUACUUUUAUCUACAUUAAACAACCUAUAAAUGUUAAAUUAUGUAAAAAACAUUAAUCUAUCAGCUGUAUAAUUCUAUGUUCACUGGUGGUUUUGCAUUGUUGAAAACCAAUGUAUAAAAACAUGUUAUUUAUUUCUCUGACUACUCAAUAAAAAUAAGAGAAAAACCAUGUUUUAAAUCAACUUCCAAAAGUGGGAAGUUUCAUUUUUAUGUUUUUAGUACAUGUUUUUCAACAAUGGAAACUUUUGUUUAAAAUGAACAAUGAAUAGGUAAUUUUAUUUGUAUGUGCUUAUAUCAAAAUUUAUUAUAAAUGUCAUAGGUUUGUUGUCUAAGGAUGCAAUAAUUGUUAGAGAAGGUAUUUGAUCUGUUUUGUUAUACUAAUAAUUUGUAUAAGAAAUAAAAUUGUAAUGGUAUAUAUCUAUGUGGCAACAAACUUUGAUAUGCUUAUAAAAUAUUUCUGUAUAUAUUUGGAAUUUGUUAGAUGUAAGUAGUUAAACAGUACCAUGGUUAUAGUAGUUACACAACAUUUUACAUACAUUUUGUCAAAUAUUUUUACAUGUCUGGCUAAUCGAAAAUGAAUAUGUGUAAGCCAUAUUAAUUACACUUAAAUUUGGUACACAAUUUUUUUUUUAAAUUCGGGAAUUGGGAAAUUAUUCGUAAAUAUUUAAGUUGAAUUAUGAUAAUGAUCACAAUAAUUCUCACUUGCCAUUUAAAAUGUUACUUUGGUCAAUCCUUUUAUUGAAUUUAAAAGGCAUUUAUAUAAAACCCCAAUAUAGUGAGCUA